GUAAAAAAAAAAAGCUGUCCAAAAGAUUUGGCUUCUUUUUGUCACUGUUCCUCUUCUUCUUUCUACUUCGUCCCCACGACAUGAGAUUCUCCUCUCUCUCUAUAUAAUCUGAAUCUUAUUCUCUUUCUUCUUUCACAAUAUCUCUACUUACAAAUAGCUUCUAUUUCAGCUCAUAUGGAUUCCUGUGAUAAAGAUCUUACAAUUUAACUUCUUUUUAUAGAUCCUUGUAUGAUGUAAUCUUUCUUUCUUUCCAUCCCGACCCGGAUCCAUAACCAGCUCUCAGACCCGGUUUAUUACCAUUACUUCCCAGAUCAUACCGUGUUGACCUUCAUCUUUUUGUUUGGUCUCCGCUCCAAUUUUCUAUAGAUACUUGAACAGCUUCUCAAAGUCUCGAUCUUUUUGUUGUUGUUGUUGUUGUUGUUGUUCUUCUCUCUGUCUAUCAAAUUUUGAUUGAGAAGAUUGGGAUAAAGUCAUAAGCUUUGGCACUAACCAAUGGCGAGCAAGUCCGGGCAGAGAGUUCGGUUGGUGAAAUGCCCCAAGUGUUUAAAGAUUCUACAGGAAGACGAAGACGUUCCUGUUUAUCAAUGCGGUGGUUGCUCGGCUAUUCUUCAAGCCAAAAGACGGAGUACUGCUCCAAAAACUGCACCAAGUGCAGGAGAAACAGAGGGGCCUCAAGCAAGUGAGCAUCCAAACACUGCACCGAGUGCAGGAGAAACAGAGGGGCCUCAAGCCAGCGAGCCUCCAAACACUGCAACAAGUGCAGGAGAUACAGAGGGGGCUCAAGCCAGCGAGCCUCCAAACACUGUGCCAACUGCAGGAGAAACAGAGAGAGAUGACCUCAGUGAUCCCCCAAAUACUGCACCAAGUGCAGGAGAAACAGAGGAGGCUCAAGCCAGUGAGCCGCCAAGCGAGCCUGAAACCAACAAUGUGUCAUCCAGCAGAUCAGGGCAGGACACGGUUCUUCCGUCACCCACAGGUAGUUCCUCGGUCCAAGAAGAUGAUAAGGCUCCUGAUGGAUCCAUGGAGUCCUCUGAGAAACAGCUUGGAGGCUUAGAGUUAUCUAAAGGAGAGGAGAGCAACCAAGUCCAAAUGCACGAACAUUCACUUGGUGAUUCUGACAAGAAUGAAGGAGAAGACAACUCAAGCAGAUUGAUGUCUGAUAUGAAAUCCGUGGAGGAAGCUACGAGAUCGAGGACUAGCUCAGGAAUGAGCUUGAAUGCUGAUCAUGUGGUGGAUGCAAGAGCGAGUAUCUCUUCCAGUGAAGCUUACAACAAGCUGGAAGCUGAAAUCUCUCCUGAUUCUCCGUUUGAAGAGGAGCAAGACCAAGGAGAUCAUGUUUUUCACCCUCACAGGGACUCAACAGAUGAUCUUCCCAAGACUUCUUCUGCAUAUGAUGGGAGCAAGUCUUCUUCUGACGACGAAAGAGAAGACCAAGAUGAAAACCAACAAUGGAAUGCUCUUCAGAACUUAAGAUCAGACAAAUUUGAGAUGCAGAGAUACCCUCAAAAUUUCAAGGAGCAAGGAGGUAGUUCCUCAUCCACUUUCUCUCACAAGAGGCCCAGCGGGACUACCACAUACAAAUCUCUGCAACUUGAGGGGCCAGGAGGGCGUCUUGGAAGACAAGGAAGGAGACAUGUAUCAGAACAACUUCGGCCUGACGUGCCUUUAUAUCCGAGAGAAUCAUACACACGUCUAAGCCCUUCUUAUCCAUCACACGAUGUGUUUGAUCGCUAUUCUCGUGCACACUCGCUCCAAAUGCCUCCUCCAUACGAGGGUGUUGACCAUAUGUAUCACAACAACGCAAGGGGAAGAGAACGGGGACAAGGGAGUAGGUUUUCAGGAGAGAUGACGACGAAUGACACAAGAAACCAACAUCCCGGUUGGUAUUCAGGUCAGAUGUACAAUAGUUCUUACAGUUCAUAUUCCGCAAGUCCACAGAGACUAACGGAACAACAACAACAACCUGAGUAUUAUCAUCCGAGAUGGAGCCAUGAGAUAGUCUCUGAUGCGGAGGAUCAUCACCAGCGUAACAGACAUGCUGACUUACAGGCCCGUCGGAGACAGCCUGUGGCCAAGCGUCAUAUCCGUCCAACAGCCGGUGGAGCCCCUCUCGUUAGCUGUUACAGUUGCUCAGCGAACCUGCAGCUUCCUGCAGACUUUCUCAUUUUCAAGAGGAAGUAUCAUCUUCUCAGAUGCGGGACUUGCAACACUGUUCUCAGAUUCUCACUUCAGUCCAGAACUCAUCUAGUUCCUGCAGUAGUAACACAUGACAUAAGCGCUAACAGGAGUAGCAACUCAACAUCGGAGUCUCCUUCCAAACCCGAAAAGCAGAGCUCCUCUGCUGCUCAGGAAGAGGAGGAGGAGGAUGUACCUGUGGGUAGAGGCUCUCCGCUUCAUCGGCUAAUGGGUUAUUCUACAGUAAGCCAAGUCUUUAAAGCUUCUCAGCGUCCUCCUUCUGUGUAGAUCUCUCUGCGCGCUUCUCAGAUUCGCAAGUUUUGCCAUUGGUUUAUCAUUCUUUGUCUCACCAUGUUUAUAGGUAAAAGAUUUGUUUCUGUUUUAAGGUAGAGAAAACCACGACACUUGUGCAAAAUUAUACAAAAAAAAAGGAUACCUGUUGUAUAUAUUCAUGUAGCAUUCGUUAUGUUUGUAACAAUAUUGAUAUUCAUCAUCGUUCCUAGUUUUUUUUUAUCAAUCUACUAUUAACUUUUACCA